AUGACAGAAAGGGGGCGAGGAAAGGGGGCGAGGAAAGGGGGCGAGGGAGGAGGGGAGACGGUGCAUCAUCAAGGCCGAGAGAACAGAAGAAGCGACAACGACAAGCGAGAGGAGGGGAACACGACCGAGGUAGACAACGAGACAGCAGAAGACCAGCAGGAGAACGACGAAGGGGAGACGACAUCGACGAAAAAGGAACAAACCGCCGGUGUCAUUCUUCCUCCAGCUUUCAACCAAAGCUUCCGUUUCGCUCUCCGUGAUAUGUCCGUCAAUCCAGCAUUUACGGCUUUGCUUCUGACCCUCCCAAAUUAUUCGCGUCUCGAACAAGACGCUCCUCUGCCGCUUGAUCCUGACUCGAUUCUCUCUGCGCGCCGUUCACUUCUCCGGGAUAUUUACCACGUCUAUAAGGACGCUCUGGAUCAAGCAUAUGCGGUGACUACGAUUCCGAAAGUUGAAGAUGAAGACACAGAUAGGCAACUCGAAUCUGCAGAGGAAUCGGAGCAAUGGCAUCGACGCGCCCUCCGUUCCGUUUUGCUCGAGUAUGUGACUGCGGACCGAGAAGAGCAGAGCGCCCAGUUGGCGCUUCAGCAUUUCAAAGACGCUCGCGUUAUGACCGACAAAGUGACGGCCUUAAAUAUUCUGGCUGAUUUGUCGCUUGAAAAGGAACGAGAAGCUCUAAGCGUGUUCUAUGAAGAGGCACGAGGCAAUGCUCAACUCCUUACGAAGCGGUUCGCUCUUCAAGCCCGGUCGAGUCUACCAGAGAUUGUAGACCGCGUUCGGGAGCUGGGAAAGCACCCCGAAUUUAAGCCGAUCAUUCCGAUUUUUGUUCGCGCGCUCUACUCGUUCAUGAACGGAAAUCCCUCGGUGUUCCACCGGAGAGACGGGGCCGGAUAUGAACUUGCCUUUGAGUUUCUACAGUCGCAGAGGUCGACAGAUAAGAUCAACCCGCGCUUGGGUGCCCGUGCGGCGACAGCGUUUUUAAGUUGGAAGAAAUACGACAAGGAACGGCAAGGGAAAAUGAAAAGUGUUCUACAGAGACUUGCAGAUCUCCCGGAGAUCUCGAAAGAUCUGAAAGAAGCUGUUGAUCGGGCGUUAGCGGCGUAA